UUAAAAACUUGUUCCAAAUACUGAUAAGUAAGUUUUAGGAUUUCAUGUGGGCAGAGUGAUUUUAAAAAGUAAGUCUGGGCGUUUACCUGGAGGCAGCGGCUUGGGCGCGCGGAGCGGCCGCGGCUCCCCCGCACCUGCGGCCAUGGAUGAGGAGCACGCCCUAUACAUCGUCCGGGCCGGCGAGGCGGGGGCUAUCGAGCGAGUCCUGAGGGAUUACAGCGACAAGCAUAGGGCUACUUUCAAAUUUGAAUCAACAGAUGAAGACAAACGAAAGAGACUCUGUGAAGGCAUAUUUAAAGUCCUUGUAAAGGACAUCCCAACAACGUGUCAAGUGUCCUGCCUGGAAGUUCUCCGCAUUCUCUCCAGAGACAAAAAGAUUUUAGUUCCUGUAACAACCAAGGAAAACAUGCAGAUACUGCUGCGACUAGCCAAGCUUAAUGAAUCGGAUGAUUCUUUGGAGAAGGUGUCAGAGUUCCCGGUUAUUGUGGAGUCAUUAAAAUGUCUGUGUAACAUAGUGUUCAACAGUCAGAUGGCACAGCAGCUCAGCCUGGAACUUAACCUUGCUGCAAAACUCUGUAAUCUCUUGAGAAAGUGCAAGGACCGAAAGUUUAUCAAUGACAUUAAGUGCUUUGACUUGCGCUUGCUCUUCCUCCUGUCACUUUUGCACACCGACAUCAGGUCACAACUGCGCUAUGAGCUCCAAGGACUACCGCUGCUAACUCAGAUCUUGGAAAGUGCCUUUAGCAUCAAGUGGACCGAUGAGUAUGAAUCGGCCAUAGACCACAAUGGACCUCCUCUCUCACCUCAGGAGACAGACUGUGCCAUCGAGGCCCUCAAAGCUCUCUUCAAUGUGACAGUAGAUAGUUGGAAGGUGCAUAAAGAGAGUGAUUCUCAUCAGUUCCGUGUCAUGGCAGCUGUCCUUCGCCAUUGUUUACUAAUUGUUGGUCCAACCGAAGACAAAACAGAAGAGCUGCACAGCAAUGCAGUCAACCUUUUAAGCAAUGUUCCAGUCUCUUGUUUGGAUGUUCUCAUUUGUCCAUUAACCCAUGAAGAAACAGCCCAGGAAGCAACCACUCUAGAUGAACUGCCUGGUGAUAAAACAGCUGAGCAAGAAACGGUUUUGAAAAAUAAUACCAUGGUAUACAAUGGUAUGAAUAUGGAGGCCAUUCACGUUUUACUCAGUUUUAUGGAGAAGAGAAUAGACAAGGGAAGCAGUUAUAGAGAGGGUCUAACUCCAGUUCUCAGCUUAUUAACAGAAUGUUCCCGAGCACAUCGAAACAUCAGAAAAUUUCUCAAAGAUCAGGUUUUACCACCUUUGAGGGAUGUGACAAAUCGACCUGAGGUUGGCUCAACUAUGAGAAAUAAGCUGGUGCGCCUUAUGACACAUGUUGACCUUGGAGUCAAGCAAAUUGCUGCUGAAUUCCUUUUUGUCCUUUGCAAAGAGAGAGUGGAUAGCCUGCUGAAAUACACUGGCUAUGGGAAUGCUGCAGGACUGUUGGCGGCCAGGGGCCUCUUGACUGGAGGAAGAGGAGAUAAUUGGUACUCAGAGGAUGAGGACACAGACACUGAAGAAUACAAAAAUGCAAAACCAAAAGAGGAGUUGCUUAAACCAAUGGGACUAAAACCUGAUGGGACAAUAACGCCUUUGGAGGAAGCACUCAACCAGUACUCCGUCAUCGAAGAGACCAGCUCCGACACAGACUAAAGCAUCACCUGCUCAACUCCCGAUACUGCUUUUAUCAGCAUCUUUUCUCUGUAGCUCCAGGGGAAUCUUUUCUCUAAAACAUUUAUGCCCUUGCUUUGGCUAGAAACACAUUAACUGGUUUACUCAUUGAGAAUCCAGCAUAUUUAAAAGGUGAUCUGUGUUUUUUGCUAUAUUGAGGCAUUCAUACAGAGCUGCAGUUAGAUGGAGUUACAGGGGAUAGAAGCAGAAAAAAAAUAAUUCCAUUUCAUCAGAAUGAAACUGAAGGACUUUUUUCUCUAAAGCAGCCCUGGUUGAAUCUGGUGAUUCUGUUUGCCAAGAUUCUUAGCACAUUUUGCUCUGUCCUUCCUCUCACUUGUGUGAGCUGUCCCUUCUGAAUCUCUCCAGGAGACAGAGGCAAGAGAGAAGCAGGAUGAGCUGUUAAAUAAGGGCUGAGGCAAGUGACUCGCUAGAUCAGGACUGGCUAAAUAGAAGCCAAGCAGCUGCUCCAUGAACCUAGCACCACUCUUCACUUCAUUUCAAUUUUUUAUAAAUACAUAGAAUCACACACACAAACACACACAUAUAGCCCCAGACUUGCAAACUGACUACCCUCUAAAAGUUUGUGUGUCACUUAUGUAGAACUUCAGAAUACAUUUCUCCCUACAAAGAAUUAUAAAUGAUGGUUUAGUUCUCAGGCAGCUACAAAUGCCUAUUUAUUCCCUAACGUACCUGAACACUAGAACCAUAGAACUGGCUCACCAUCUGCAUCAUUGCAUGGGGAGCAUACAUUCUGAGGUCAAACUCAGGGUGCCAAGAACACACAGCCUCCAACGUAGCAGAAGGAAUGGAGCCUCCCUGAGCAGUGGGAGUUCUUUUGUGGCCUCUGUGGGGGCUGGGGUAGGCAGCAGCACCCAUUUGUACAUACAGGUCAUUCAUAAGUCACAGGUUUUAAAUUGGGGACUGAGUGUGUCUGUGUGUGUGUGUUCUACCUUUCUACAAUAUGUGAUCGGUUUAAUGGUAACUUUAUUUAUUUAAAAAAAAAAGAAACACAAAUAGUUACUGUUAAACUGAUUAAGGCUGUUUUUUUACUUUUAGAAUUGGUCAUAUGAAGAAGUAGAGGAUGAAUCAUGCAAUAGACAAUGGGCCUAGUGAUCAGUGGCUAAAGUCAAAAAGGGGUUGGUUUCUUUUUACAUAUAUAUAUAUAUGUAUAUACAUGCAUAUAUAUAUAUAUAUAUAUAUAUACAGAUAGAUAAUGUGCUUAACCACUGCCUUUUAAAACUUUAAAUUAAAUAAAACAUUGGGGUUGAUUCAAAAAAAAAAA